AAUAUUUAAUAACCCUUUGCUUUUCAGAUUUCGAUCAUUGGAUUCGCACAAGAAUGCACAAGUUUGGUCACUCAUUCUGCACCAGCUGGUUUUAGCUAGAUCGGCAGAUCCAUGUGUAGUUGGCCCGCAAAACCCUCGGAUAAUCACUCCGUUAUCAACCGGAUAAUGCUCAGAUUCCGGCCGAUUGCGCCGAAGCCUCUAGGUGUGGAAACGGCCUCCAGCACGGCCGAGCAGGAUAGAGGAAACGGCGCCGUCAGGAGAACUAAGCGGAAGUAUGUUAGGGUUCGUGGUAGGCAAAGUAGACAGUGCGCCAGGGAGAAAAUAACGGAAGAGAAAAGAAGUUCGGCGCCGGAAACCUCGGGUACCGGUGACGAGUCGUCGCCGGAAAAAGAACCGGUGACUCUUCAGCUACUGCCUGAGAGAUCUGAAAGUACUGAUCGCAACAGCUACAAUAAUAGUCCGCAAAAUAUUGAGGAAAACCGGAGUAUUAUUAUAAAUAGAUACAACGUAGAUGAAAACGUUAACUACGACGUGACGACGGCGGAUUCCGGUGGCGGAGGGGUGGCUUUGGGGGGCGCCGGAUCCGUGAUAGAGACGUGGAUAAUCGUCGAGUGCGUGACGGAUAAGUGUAGUGGAGUAGGGUUAGGGUUUUCAGAUAAUGAAAAGAUCUACAAUCUCGAGAAGGACACGUGUCCGGGUUUCAUAUCAGACUGGACGAAUAAGGUGAUUUGGGUCAACGAAGCCUACAAAAAAAUGGUGGCGGAGGAGGAAGAAGACGCGGCGGCGGCGGGUAAAGGGUUUCUAGUGUGGUUGGUGGUGAAAGAAGAUUUACCCCAUUUAUACCCUUCAUUUGCAUGCAGAUUGAGGGUAAUUCAGCAGAAAGGGCGAGGGCACAAAUGGAAUAAGACAGUGCCAUGCGAUGUUUGGAGGAUGGAAUUUGCUGGGUUUGCAUGGAAAUUGGACGUAAACACUGCUCUGAGUUUAAGCCUUUAGCUUGAUGGUAUGACAGACAUCCAUCCACCAUAAUUUCGCAAUAAUACCAGGCUGCUGAGGAUGAUAUUGUGGUGGGUGUAGGCGUAGCUGGUUGUUUGUAGGGCGACGUCGAACCAAGAUCGAUGUGCUCUGCUGCAAGAGUCCUAAUUAGUAUAUACAGCCGAUCUCUCGCUCCAUGCAUAUUCUGCUCAUCAACUAUAUAUAUGUGAUUGUGGGUGGUUAAUUAGCAAUUUCACAAAUAAAAGAGUUACCCUUUUAUUUAAGGAAUGUUUGGAAAUUAAAAGAGAGUAUUACAUCACAAUCAAUGAUGUACAGAAAGAGGUGAUGUACUCCCAAUGCCCAAUUGUAAACAUUUGGCUGCUUGCUUCUUUUUGCUGACUCCGUCAAUCACAUUCAUGCUGCGGUUCAUUGAAUGCAGUUUUGUAUUACUCAGUAAACACAACUCCUUAUCAAAAUAAAUGUACAUGAUCUCAUUAAUUAUUGGCAUGAUUAGUAAUA